AAUGCAGAUGGAAAGGGCGCUAAUGUCUGGGACACAUUCACCCAUCAGGGAGGAGAUCGAGUUUUCAAGAACCAGACUGGUGAUGUAGCUUGUGGCAGCUACACUCUGUGGGAGGAAGAUUUGAAAUGUAUCAAACAGCUUGGAUUGACUCAUUAUCGCUUUUCUCUUUCCUGGUCACGUCUGUUACCUGAUGGGACGACAGGUUUCAUCAACCAGAAAGGGAUACAGCACAUAAACAAGCUGGUCAGUGAUCUGUUGAAGCACUGGGAAAUGGCGUCAUGGUCCCUGUAUCACUUUGGCUUACCUCAGUUCUUAGAAGAUUAAAGUGCCUGGAGGUCUGAAAAGGUCACUGAGACCCUUGAUAUUCAUGCAAAGUAUUGCUUCAGAACAUUUGGAGACUGAGUGACCACUAUCAAUGAACCUUAUGUUGUUGCUAUAGGUGGUUGUGAGAAAGGUAUAGCCCCAGCAUUGAUUGGUAGAACCUCUACAAAUUCUGUAGCAGAUGAAAAAGCAAUUAAAAGGUGCUUGCCCUUUACCUUAGAUGAGUUUGUCAGGUCAAUGUUUACUGAUGGUGACUAUCCAGCUGUCAUGAAGUCCCAGAUUUCUACAAUGCAUUCAAAGCAGGGCUACUGAUCAUCGAGGCUUCUGGAAUUUACUAAAGAGGAAAAUAUUAUGAUCAUGGGUACUGCUGACUUCUUUGCUCUGAACUCCCAUCUGGAUGGCGAUACAUAUAAUAACCCUAUAAUUUACAUCACUGAGAAUGGGUUUUCCCAAAGUGACCCUGCUCUACUUGAUGACAGUCAACGAUGGGAAUAUUUCAGGCUGAUUUUACAGGAAAUUUUAAAAGCACUGGCUGUAUGGAAGAACCUGGUGGUAAAGAAGAACUUCAAAAGGAAUUUGAUGUUGCCUUCCACCUGCGGCAGCAAACCGGCACGUGGAUUCCGAGACGUUUAUGACUGCAGAGGUGGAGGUUACCUCCAACCCCCUCAAGGGCUGUUUUACACCACUGCAUCUCCACCGCCUCUGGGCUCGGAGGGACCAUCCGCAGAAGGUGCCUCCACACUUCCCCAAACGUUAUGGACCGGACGCUACCGUUUUACAAGGUGUUUGGAGAGAAAUACGUACGUGUUCGCCAACCUCUCUAACGAGAUGUUUUCGGGAGCAUCCCUGGAGCAGGGUUGGUUGCCAACUGACAGCAGCCCCCACUCCCUGCCUCCCAUCCCACCGCCCACUCGUCUUUAA